CCCGGCAGCACAAAUCAUGCGGGAGUUGGAGUCUCCAUCCUGCGGCGCCCGAUGCCCUUCGUUUCCAGGCUCCGCCGCUUCUGCGGCGACCUCGAUCUCCACCUCCUCCUCUCCGGCCACACCCCCGACUUCCUCUCCCUCCGCCGCCACCACGCCCUCCUCAUCGCCUCCGGCCAGUCCUCCAACCCCUUCUUCGCCGCCAAGAUUAUCGCCCUCUACGCUUCCUUCCGCCGCCCCGACCUCGCCCACCGCGUCUUCGCCGCCGCAGCCCCUUCCAACCCCCGCGACACCUUCCUUUGGAACUCCGCCAUCAAGUCCCAUUUCGGGGCCGGUGACUUCUGCCUCGCGUUCUCCCUGUUCUGCGGCAUGCGCUCUUCCGGCGCUCCCCCCAACGAGUUCACCAUCCCCAUGGUAGUUUCCACCGCAGCUGAGCUCGAAUUGCUCCGUCUCGGGUCUUGCAUCCACGGGACCGCCACAAAGUUCGGACUUUUGCCGGAGAAUUCAGUAGGCGUGGGAUCCUCUUUGGUCUACAUGUACACCAAGUGCGGAGAUGUUGCUCCUGCCCUUCGGGUCUUUGACGAAAUGACCGUGACAGAUGUAGUUGCAUGGACGUCACUAAUUGUUGGUUGCUUAAGGAACGGGGAGGCUGAGAUGUCUUUGUUGUGUUUAAAGGAAAUGCACCGAGUCAGUGGACUGCCCAAUUCUCGAACUAUGGAAGCAGGUUUGCAAGCUUGCGGAAGCUUGGUGGCCCUGAAGGAAGGGAAAUGCCUCCAUGGAUUGCUUCUGAAAUUUGGAAUGGAGCAUUUUCAUUCUGUGAAAUCAUCACUUCUCUCAAUGUACUCAAAAUGUGAAUGCUUGGAUGAGACUGCUCGAGUUUUUCAAGCAAUGCCAGAGAGGGAUGUAAUCUCAUGGACUGCAAUGAUAGUCGUUCAUAUGAGAAAAGGGCAAAUUCUUGAGUGUAUGCACAUGUUUAGCGAGAUGCGAGAUUCAGGAGUAGAUGCUGAUGGGGUUUUACUAAGCUGUAUAUUAUUGGGAUUCAGCGACGCAGGUAAAGUUUGUCAAGGUAAGGGAUUUCAUGGCAUGGUGUUGAGGAGAAAUUAUGAACUGAGCAUGUUAGUUAUUAAUGCUUUAAUAUCAAUGUACUGCAAGUUUGGACUGUUGUAUCUUGCAAGAAAGGUUUUUGAUGCAGUGGACAAUAGAGAUGCAGAAUCAUGGAAUUUAAUGGUUAUCAGUUAUGGUAAGGCGGGGCUGGACAUUGAGUGCUUAGAUCUUUUCAGACAGAUGCAGUUUCAAGGAUUGAUUUCUGAUCUCAACAGCUUUGCUUCAGCAAUCUCCUCCUGUUCUCAUUUAAUGGCAUUGCGAUUAGGCCAGUCCAUCCAUUGCUACACCAUGAAAGUAUCACUUGACGAAUGCAAAUCUAUUUGUAACACAUUGGUGGGAAUGUAUGGACAAUGUCGAGCAUUUCAUCUUGCUCAGAGGAUCUUUGAGAAGACCAGUAAAGAUGCUGUCACCUGGAAUGCUUUAAUAGCUUCUUAUGCACAUCAUGGUUAUUCACAUAAUGCUUUGUCACUCUUCUAUCAGAUGCUUCUAAGCGAUGUGAAACCUAGUUUGACUACCUUGAUAAUUGUGCUAUCUGCUUGCUCGUGUGUGGGGGCUCUAAACCUCGGAAAGUGGAUACACAACUAUGCAAAAGAAAUGGAAUUAGAGCACGAUGUUUCUCUGAAUACAGCACUGGUUGAUAUGUAUGCUAAAUGUGGGCAGCUUGAAAUAUCAAGAGGUAUCUUUGAUUCUAUGCCUGAAAGAGACAUCGUUGCUUGGAAUGCCAUGCUUUCAGGAUACGGGAUCCAUGGACAUGCAAAGGAAGCAAUAAUGUUGUUCGGAGAAAUGGAGAAAAUCGGUAUCAGGCCGAACGAAACCACAUUUCUUGCAAUUCUGUCUGCUUGCAGUCAUGCAGGAUUUGUUGAUGAGGGAAAAGAAUUCUUCGAUAAAAUGAACAUGUAUUCUAUUUCACCUAUGCUGAAGCACUAUGCUUGUAUGGUGGAUCUGCUAGGUAGAUCAGGUUAUCUGUAUGAUGCUGAAGAUAUGGUACUUAAGAUGCCAAUUAAGCCAGAUGGUGCGAUUUGGGGAACUCUGCUAGGUGCUUGCAAAAUUCAUAACAAUGUAGCAUUGGGAGAGCGGGUUGCGAAGGAAGCUUUUGACUCAGAACCUGAAAAUGAUGGUUAUUAUAUUCUCAUGUCCAAUAUGUAUAGUGGUGAUGGUAAAUGGAAGGAGGUUGAAAGCUUGCGGGGUAUGAUGAAGGAUAACAGGAUGAAGAAAACUGUGGGAUGGAGUGCUGUAUAGCAUGGGAAUAGGAGUCGACAUGAGAAAAGGAUUCCAAUUUACUGGAUGAUGAGCAUAGCAUUUCACUAUUGACAUAGGAAUCAGAAGGCUCUUUGUCAAGUUGUAGGUUCGGCUAGACCGAAGAAUCAUAGUAGUGCUCUCAUAUUAUUCUUUCGCUAUUGUGGAAGCAUGCUGAUGUAGUUUUACAAAGUCGUAAAUCUGACAAGUUUGUCAUACUAAAGACAUUUGAUUAACUAACUGAUGCAUUGAAUGAAGGGGGGAGCUUUGAUGCAAUGGUAAAAUUGCUGCUAUAUGACUUUGCAAUCGCGGGUUCUAGCCGCCGCGGAAACAGCCUCUUGCAAUGUAGAUAAAGUUACGUACAAUUGACCCAAAUGUAGUCCAAUCCUUUCCCCUGACUUUGCAUUGGUAGAAGUUUUAUACACUGGGAGUGAAACCUACUCAUUAGCUGAUAGUUUCUCUAUUUAUGCAGAGUUUAUGGCAGUAUGAAAUCUACACCAGCAGUGUUUCUGAACAAGCUGUUAAUGCUAGAUCUGAUCUAAACAAGCAGUGUCUCUGAACAAGAAGUGAUUAUUGGCAUGCCACGAAAGGAUUUGCUGGCCGUUCAGGAACACGAUUAAAAGCACCUGAAAGUUUCAGAUUCCUCAUACACCAACAGUUGAUCAGUUAACUGAGUUUUGGAAGACUGAUUCUCGACAUAGAAUGAUGUGUUGAGUGUUUAAUAUGGUUAUCAUACUUUUUCUUGAAAGUGAGUUUAUGUUUUGAGUGUUUUCGUUUGAGCAUCUUUUUCAUGUUCUGUAAGUCAAAGGGUAAUUUCCUAUCAGUUUCUAUGAAUACAAUGCGACGAAAAUAAAAUAAAAUUAUCAGUUACCCCA